GGUAUAUUGCAGGGGUCAGGAGGUGGUGUGUACAACGUGGUAUACAGGGACAGGAGGGGUGGCGUACAACAGAGUAUAUAGGACAGGGGGGUGGCAGGUGGAUGUGGUGUACACAUAGGACAGAGGGGUGGGGGUGGGAGUGGUAACUUGGACAAGUUAUGGCGUGGAAGUGGUAUACUUGGACAAUGGGGUGGCGGUGGGACGUGGUAUACUUGGACAGAGGGGUGGCGUGUGGACGUGGUAUACUUGGACAGAGGGGUGGCGGUGGACGUGGUAUACUUGGACAGAGGGGUGGCGGUGGACGUGGUACACUUGGACAGAGGGGUGGCGGUGGACGUGGUACACUUGGACAGAGGGGUGGCUGUGGACGUGGUAUACUUGGACAGAGGGGUGGUGGUGGACGUGGUACACUUGGACAGAGGGGUGGCGGUGUGGACGUGGUAUACUUGGACAGAGGGGUGGCGGUGGAGGACGUGGUACACUUGGACAGAGGGGUGGCGGUGGACGUGGUACACUUGGACAGAGGGGUGGCGGUGGACGUGGUACACUUGGACAGAGGGGUGGCGGUGGACGUGGUACACUUGGACAGAGGGGUGGCGGUGGACGUGGUACACUUGGACAGAGGGGUGGAGGUGGACGUGGUACACUUGGACAGAGGGGUGGCGGUGGACGUGGUAUACUUGGACAGAGGGGUGGCGGUGGACGUGGUACACUUGGACAGAGGGGUGGCGGUGGGACGUGGUACACUUGGACAGAGGGGUGGCGGUGGACGUGGUACACUUGGACAGAGGGGUGGCGGUGGACGUGGUACACUUGGACAGAGGGCGGUGGACGUGGUACACUUGGACAGAGGGGUGGCGGGUGGGGGGGUGGACGUGGUAUACUUGGACAGAGGGGUGGCGGUGGACGUGGUAUACUUGGACAGAGGGGUGGCGGAGGACGUGGUACACUUGGACACA